GGCUUAAUAUGAUACGGUAUUAACGUUUAAUACCCAGUUACAAUGUAUGCAACGUUUAAAGAACCAGUAAUUUCCUCUUUAGAAUUACCAGUCUUUUCAAAUUUGAUUCGUACCGUAUUAUUAAAUUUUUGGGUAUAAAACCGUAAAUAAUUUUGUGGUCACGAUUUCGCUUCUGAUUUUGGAUGACGACACAAGCUUUGUUAUAGUGCAGUGCAAUUUAAAAUGAAAUAUUUUACUGUGUUAAGUUUAGUGUUGACUAUAAUAUGUUCAGAUACGACGUUUGGGAUGACUCGAGAACAGCUAAAAAAAACAUUAACGAUGACUAAGAAACAAUGCAUGCCGAAAACCGGAGUAACGGAAGAAAAAGUGGGCAGGAUAGAGCAAGGCGUGUUCUACGAAGAAAAAAACGUAAUGUGCUACGUCGCUUGUAUCUACAAGUCUAUCCAAGUGGUUAAGAACGAGAAAUUAAAUAAAGAAAUGGUGGCAAAGCAAAUCGAUAUUCUCUACCCAGCGGACAUGAAGGCAGCCGUGAAAAAGUCUGUGGCGAAAUGUAUCGACGUUCAGGACAAUUACGACACGGAGUGCGAGCGAGUGUUCUAUGCUGUAAAGUGUUUGUACGAAGACAACCCAUCCAAUUUCAUUUUCCCAUAAAUAAUCAGUU